CCAUCCGGGAGAAAGAUGGCGUCCACGCCCCCCUCAUCGCUCUGCUCCUCGCGACACACGCCAUGGAUCCAAGAACCUGCGCCCACCCACCUCUCUGUCUCCCUCCUACUUUCCCUUUUCCCUUUUGUUAAUGGCCCAUAAAGACACAGAUAGAUAGAGAGAGAGUGAAAGAGAGCAUCGCUAUAUAAAGCUCUCUCUUUUGGUCUUUUUCUCAUUCUCGCCUCCCUCACGUUCAUCUCCCCUCUGAGCCCACUCCCCUCCUUUCUCCCCUCUUCUUCUCUUCUCUUCUCCAUUGCAGCGGAGAAGACCCAGGAAGAGCGAAGAACGGAGGAACCAUGUGCGGAGGGGCCAUCAUCUCCGACCUCCUCCCUCCUCGGAGCCAACCCCAGGACCUCGUCGCCUCCGCGGAACUCUGGCUCGGCUCCUGCACCGAUCCAACCCCAAAAGAGACGAAGAAGAAGGAAAGGAAGAACCUUUACCGCGGGAUCCGCCGGCGGCCGUGGGGAAAGUGGGCAGCGGAGAUCCGCGACCCGGCGAAGGGCGUCCGGGUGUGGCUGGGAACUUUCAGCACCGCUGAGGAGGCCGCUCGGGCCUAUGACCGGGAGGCCCGCCGGAUCCGGGGAAGCAAGGCCAAGGUGAACUUCCCCAACGAAGAUCCCUCGCCGCUGCCGGCGAAGGCCGCACGCCAGCACCGCUAUCGCCCUUACUGUGUCAGCAGCGGCGGCGGCGGGUCUUAUUCCGCCACCGGUGGGGAAGCUGGGAGGCUGAGGGAGGAUGCGAUGGUCUACGGGUCGUGUGCGGAUCUCUUUGAGGUGCCGUCCAUGGAGGGGGGCUCGGCCGCGACAGCGAUGGCGGCGGCUCCACCGCAGUCCGGUGCAAACGCCGGCGGUCGGAAGGGCGGUCCUGCUUCCAACGAGGAGCUGUUCUGGAAUUUUGAGGACCUUCUUUUCUAAGCUCAACCUCUCUGUCUCUUCCCCCCCCCCCCUCUCUCUCUCUCUCUCUCUCUCUCUCUCAUGCUUGUAAUUUGAUAUUUGUCAUACUUUCUUCCCAUUAAGGUUUAUUGUGAGUACUUAAUUACUUGCUGAGGUGAAGUACCAGCUUUAGUGUAUUUAUUUCCUUUUCAAAUUUUGUUUCCUGUCCUGUCCUGUCCUGUUCCUGUGAUCUUUCAGCUUUAGUGUUUGUGAUCUUAUUGGAUUGAAGUAAUGGUCUCCAUAGGUUGGUAAUGCA